GGUUACUGAAAGUACUAUAAAGAGUUGUUUUUGGCGUGGCUUCUUCACUCGACCGUUCUCUUUGUUCAUACAAGGUUACCAAGGUUGCUGAUACAUACAUAGUAGAAAAACCACAUACAGUCCUCUCACUCCCAUUCCGAAUUUCAUUCAGAAAUGAUCAAGUCUAAGGGCUUUUGUUCAACCAAAAGUCCUUUGUGGAUUGCAGCUUUCUUUUUCAAACAACUCAAGAAAGCUCAAAUUUUUGAUGCUGACAUUUCUUCUUUUGUGGAUAGGAUUGUGAAUCAUGAAAUGGAUGCCGUUUCUUACCGAGUACUUGCAUAUCUCCUUCUUGGUGUUGUUAAAAUAUACUCAAAAAAGGUUGAGUAUAUUCUCCAUGAUUGCAAUAAAGUACUCUCUGGAAUCAACAAGUUUUUGGUCAGGACAAGGAAUAACGCACCUGCCAAAACCUUGGGUAUAUCUUUUACUAUACCGAAAAAAUUUGAUUUGGAUGCUAUCGAUGUUGGUGUACUUGAAGAUACUUCCAAAUACCAUACUGCUCCUCCAGAAAAAAUCACACUUAAAGAGGCUUUGCCUAAUACUUGGGGAUUCACAAAGUUUUCUCACGAGACGUUUGAUGAUUUUGGUUGCGGCGAAACUAGCAGCUCUCUUGAGCAUCUUAUGACAGAAAAUGUUCUUCAAUCUCAAUUUACGGACAUUGACUUUGAAGUUUUUCCAUCGAGUAGUUCAGUUAAUGUACUGGCAAACAAGGAUGUAUUGCAAAGCAACGUAUUCUCUCAAAAAGUUAAGCCAUAUGAAGAUGAGUUACGUGAAAAGAGUAGAGUCUCUCAAGAGCAAUCAAUCGAUUUCAGUAUUUUUUUGGGAGGACAGAAUAAGAAAGCUGACGAGCUUAAUACUUUAAAGGAAACACUAAGAUUGUUAUGCGAAAUUCCUGAAGAAAUUGCUGAUGUUGGUGAUGCAAUAACCUUGAAAGAAAGUACAGAAAUGUCUCAAAUGCAUGAAGAAAUUGUAGAUGUUGGUGAAGCAAUAACCUUUCAAGAAAGUACAGAAUGGUCUCAGGAUGAUGAAACCUAUCCAAAAGAAAAUUUUCAUCGUGACGAGUCUUUUGUUGUCAAAGAGAGUGUCGGAGAACUCAUUGAAGGAUCUAUUGAAGAGCAUUGCAUUGAAGAAAAUUUAGCAUGUCCAAAAAAGGUUUCAUUUGGAGAUGUAAAAUCUAGUGGGAAUCCUUCCGUGUCGACAAUUAUUGAAGUUACUCCUCAGUCAAAGCUUCAAGGUGGUUCAAUUAGAAGGCCAAAACCAGGUGCUACUAUAUCAGAAUCCAUGCUGAUUCCUACACCUGAUGCAACAGAAUGUGCUCGGUUUUCAAAGAAGAGAAAAAUUGUUAUUGAUGAGCCGAUAGUCUUGUCAAAUAAGGUACUUAAAAUGGGCAUCCAUGAUGCAAGCGACAUAGUCUCUGUCCGAAGACCAUUACGUCUGUCUUCGGUUGAUAAAGGAAGGAAAUCUCAAAUUUCCAGUCUUCCAGCUAUAUUUGAUGGAUCCUUGUUUCCUUGUCACUCCAAGAAGCUUCAGUCACUGUUUUCGAUUAAGAAAAUUAAAAUACCGGACUCUCUAAAAGCUGUGGAAACGCCACAGAAUUUAGACGUGCCUGAAUCCCAUGUUGUAGGCAUUCUGAAGCAUAUUGAAAAUAUGCCACAAAUCCCUCCACGGUGCUCAGAUUCUAUCACAAAUGUGGAAACUGUUAGGAAGUUAAACGUGUCUGAUUAUCAAACUUGUGGUAGUUCAGACAACAUAGCAACUGCUCCAGUAACUCCUCCUCUGUGCCAAAAUGUAAAUGUUCGGUCAGUUAAGUCUCUAAAGCAAACUGAAGUUCAAAACUCAGAUGUCUUUGGGCCUUCAAGUCCCAAUGAGAGGGAGCAAUCUAAAGAGAAGAGUGAUACUAUGGCGCAAGAGUUUAAUGGGGAGACUUCAAAUUCAUAUGAAACAUUGGAGAAGGGGCAAAGUUUCACAAUGGAUGAAGAUCUUGAUCUUGAUCUGAUCAAUGAGGAGAUAGGUUCAUCCAAAACUGAGAAUUCAAAAUUAUCCGGGUGGUCUGAGCGAACAAGGAAGGUUGCAUCUUACUUACAAAAGAAUUUUCAACAUCAAGAGAAACAAAAAGAGGCGGACUCUGUGAACUUGUCACAAGUUUCACUAGGACGAACCAGGAAAGAAUCGGCCAGGCUAUUCUAUGAAGUACUGGUUCUGAAAACAACAAAUUAUGUGGAUGUGCAGCAAAAAGAUGCUUAUGGUGAUAUUGCAGUUAGGAAACUCCCCAAAUUUGAUAAAGCUUUUGGAGUUGAUGGCCAUUAUAACUGAUAGUGCAGUUAGAAAUAGAAAGUUGAUAGAAAAUAGGUAGAUUUCUUUUAAGGUUAUAUUGGUAAUACUCUGCCAAAUAUGUGGAUUUCUUCCCAAUUUUCCCUGUACAGUAAUGGCAGAGUUAGAAACUUCAAAUUGCAGGAAAAUCUUGUUCAUUUUUCUCUUCAUAUUUAUUACAUUUCAUGGUGCUCUUCUGAAAAUAUGCAUUGGUUUUAAA